AUGCGCUGGACUGCGCUGAAUGCCACCCUGCCCUGGACGGAUGCCUUGCAGGCAAGCUGCACAGGAAUCCACGGUGCAUGUCGCAGCCGCUUGCGCCUGUCUUCCUUUCUCGGCCACGGCCAAGGUGCCAACGACCCAUAUGGCCAGAACCUCUAUGGCCAGCAAGGCUAUGGCCAGCAAGGCUACGGCCAACAAGGCUUUGGCCAUGGCUACGACCAGGACUUAAACAUGAAGGAAGAGGAGGCGGCGGAGGAGGAGGACAUGGAGGAGAAGUCCGAGCAUCUGACGCACAUGACCUGCGGCAUCUCUUCCGGGGCCGAGGGUGGCAGCCAGGUGACGUGCGGUGUCCCAAUGUACCGGGACAAAGCCACCGGAGCACCUUACAUCAUGCCGCUCUACACGGAGCCCGUCGGCCCCAAGGGAGGCGCUGCCUCUGCCGAGCGGGCGGGCGCGGCAGGAGGUGCCACCAUAGCCUUCAGCAGCCCAGCGGCAGAGGCGGAGGCGGCCAGGGCCCAGAUGCUCGAGGCGGCGGCCUCUACACGCAUCCGGACUGAGGCGAUGGACCUGUUGAGGGGCUUUCUGGACAACGCGCCCCCACCUCCGGCAGCCGCGCCUCCCAGCGGCUUCCUCUUUAAAGGCCCAGGAGCUCCUUCGAAGGUUUUCUACCCCAUCCCCAGCAAGAUGUCGCCAGCUGGAAUUGAGGUGGUACCUGACAUCGGGCCCCUUGGUGAACCCACACCGGAGGUGCCGACGGGCAUGAUGAAUGCCCUUGGCGUGGGCCCCUCCUCCUUCGACUCCACAGGCGCUGCGGGCAACAUGCUGGCUGGCAAGCUGACGGGAGGGAGUUUGAGAUAUCGACAAAAGGUGUACGAUGCAGCCCCCACAGUCACGAAGAAUGGUAGUUUCAUCUACGGAGGAUCGCCAGAAGACUACCAUGAGUGGGAGAUGGAAACAGUUCUUAAAGUGCUUGAGGGUUUGAGAGGUGAUGCUUUCCAGAAGGCGAAGGAUUUGGGCAUUGCCAAGUUGGGUGAAAAGAAUGGACUUCAAGUUCUGAUUGAUGAGAUAAAGAGGAUGGUUUUCCCGCUUGGUACACAGGAAGCUCAGGCUUUGUUCCGCAGUGGUCAGGACAAGUUCGGACCCUUGGCUAGGCAGCAGACCGAGUCUGUUGUCAGCUACGUAGGCAGGCGCCGUCGUUGGUGGCUGCUCAUGCAACAGCUAGAUCCUCGGAUUAGUCUUUCGGACAGUUUGAGGGCCGAAUUGCUACUGGAACUUAGCGGUCUGACUAGAGAUCAGCAGUUGAUGAUCAAGGCAUGUGCCGGUGGGAUAGAUACCUUUGAAGGUUAUGCGAAGAUCAUGAUUGAGCAUCACGGACUGAUUCACCUACGCAGUCAACGCAUCCUUGGGUCACAGGACAGUUGGCCGAAGGGCAAAGGAAAGGCGGAGAGUUGGUGUGACGAUGAAGCUAGUCAUGCAAUGGUGACUCAGAGUAGCGAGAUGGAACAAGUGGAAGAGGUGUCGGAUGAAGACGUGGCUACCGCCUUGAACGUGAUGGAGUCUUGCGAUCAUGAAGCCCACAUGGAUACCACAGCCGAAGCAAUUCAACUUCAGCUAGCCGCUAACAUGAUCAUGGGAAAGGCUGGUGGUAAGGGCAAGAAAGGCUCGGGGAAAAGUAAAGGCCAGAAGGGUUUCCCUGUGGUGAAGUCUAGCUUGACCAUAGAAGAGAGGAAGAAGAGACUGCAAGAGAUAAAGUCCCGAUCGAAGUGCCUGAAGUGUGGACAGGUAGGUCACUGGAGCGGAGAUCCCCAAUGCCCCAAGGGACGCGGAGCGCCCAAGGUUCCUCCGAAGCAGGCUUUCAUUGCGACUCUGUCAGAUUCUAGCGAUGAUGGUGAGGAUUGUCUGGUGAUUUCCGAUGGAGGACAAGGGACGCCUCAUGCCAUGAUGGCCUACAAGGCAGGCGCAACGCCGAAGUCAAGCGCCGCACCUAGACUGUCACCUUCCCAGGUACGUGAUCUGGGUAGUCAGGUUGUGCCACCUGGAGGGAAUCAGAGAUUCAAGUUCGGGCAACAUACAGGGUUGUCGUUUGAGGAAGUGACGUGGAAGUACCCGGGAUAUGCGGUAUGGGGAUUCAAGGAGAAGAAGCCUUCGUUGUAUCUUGCAGCAUAUCUGGAUUGGGUGCGCAACUACUACGAGAUCGAUGAAGAUACAGUAGAGGUCACUAGGCGAGAGAUUCCUCUCGACCGCAUGGGACCAUCUCAAGCCUCUGGACCGUCCGGCCAGGGAGCGCAAGACGUCAGCACACAUGGAACCAAUGCGUACGUAACGGUGAGGACUUGCAGGGAUUGUGGGCAUGUUGAGAAGAUAAAGAAGACCCAGCCAGAGAAGAAGGACAUCACACAGUGCAGUCAUGAGCAUACGAGCAGAUUGGGCAGUUCUAGAUCGACGAUGAGAGUCUUUUGCAAGGAUUGCGGAAAUUUCAUCGAUGAGAUGCCACGAGAAGAAGCAAAGCGCAGAGAGACGACAGGUAAGAGCAUCGCAUCAGCUACGUCGCAGUCGUUUGAUCUGGUAUCUAACAUCUACCAAGACAUCACAAAUGAGACCCAGCUGAGUACCGCUCAAGUCCUGAGAGUUCUUGAUGAUCUUCGAACCCAGGUAGAGAAUGAGUUGGUAGCGCAAGAUUGUGCAGGGGAAGUACCGUCUAUCAAGGUGGGUACGCUACAUGCAAUCGUGCAAGACAGUGUUCUAGCAGCAGUGGUAGAAGAGGAGAGACCACAACCCCCGACAACGACGCAGAUCCCCGACAUGCCGUCACGCGCACGCGCUUUCCCAGGUCAUUCGAUGUCAGCAGCUGCGGGAUGCGAGAGACGAAGGACCACGAUGUCUGACAUGGAUGAAGAUAGCUUGAGUGGGUACAUGGCGGUUCUUCAGGAUGACGAGGUUGCUUUGACCCUACCCGAGGUAGAUUUGAUGUCCAGCCCUGACAUUUACGCAGUGCUUGAUGAAGGUGCAAAUAGCUCCGUUGCGGGUGGAGUAUGGAUGCGUAACACAGAGCAGAAGCUACACCGCCUGGGGUUUGAGGCUCCAUGGAUGAGUUCGGAGGCCAAGACCUUUAACGGGUUAGAUUCCACCACUUCUACCCUGGGUACGAGACGCAUUCCCUUUUCCAUAUUGUUAUUCGACCUUGACCGUUCCGGCAAGGGCAAGACAUAUGAAGGGGAUGAACCCGAGCUUAGUGGAAGGAAUUUGGUGUCGGGACUUCUGGAUGUUCACGUUCUUCCGGAGUCGAACAACGCCCCUUUGCUGCUCUCCCAAUUUGCUCAAUGUCGGCUUGGACUGGUCAAGAACAUGAGGGACUUUACAUGCACGAUACUCAGAGACAACAUAGAGAUGCAUGUGCCACUAGCCCGUGCAAAAGGAAGCAACCUCCUAUGCAUCAACCUCAGCACUGGUCUGAAGCAUCGCAGCGUACUACCGAAGGGAGUACGAAAGCUUUCGACAGCAUCAGCGAAUGGACCCAUAGUGCUACCCCGGAACAAGAAGGCACGGAGUCACGAGAGGCAAGAUGAUCGGAAUGAACCAUGCAACGAACGUCCCCAAGACGAUUCCCCAACCCUUGAGGGUCGUUUGAAGGGUGGAGAGUUUGGUUUCACCGAUGGCCCUGUGAACUCUGAUCCUGCGAGUCUUGUGAGCUCAGACAAGCCCUCGAGCUCUGGCGAUCUUUUGGAUUUGGGUUCCGAUCUUUUGCAUACCGCUGCGACAUCCACUACUUUUCCCGGCGAAGCUGAGACAUCUGGUGGUUCCUUGAGUUCCGAUUUUUUGCCCGACACCGCGAGUCUUGAUACAUCUGCGAAUAUGGCUGCGAGCAGGCCGGCUGGUAAUCGCACGACUGUUUUUAUUGGCUCCGUGGGCGUUAGAAUCAACUCUUGGGCAUCGCAGUGGAAGGCGUAUGCAGAUGGCCAUAAGCAGUACGACUCUGAGGCUAAACGGGCCGCGCUCGAGCUGGUGAGAUCAGUUUUCGGGCCCCAGGUGCCCAGCAACGCUUCAUGUUUCGUCUGCGACCUCGCUGCAGUAUCCGACCCGGCACCCAUCACGAACCAUAUAGGGAAGAACCCCGCUAUUUUGGAUCGGGUGGCGCAUGCCCCGGCUUUGGUCAAUGCUCUCGCUGGCCUACGCACCUGGGUAGCUAAGAGCACCCGUUUGCACUGCUGCGAGACACCGAUCUGUGGCCGCUUGUGA